UUGACUCCAAGAAACCAAGAAGAAUCUCAACCAGAAUUCUGGAUUAAAGAUGCUCAGUCUGCAAUUGAAGCCCGUUUACGUUACGUAAAGGCUACCGGUUCAGCUCGAAACAUAGUGAUGUUCCUUGGAGACGGGAUGUCUAUACCAACUUUGGCCGCGGCGCGGACUCUGUUGGGACAACGGAACAACAAGACCGGAGAAGAAGCUCAUCUGUCUUUUGAGAUGUUUCCUACGGUUGGACUUGCUAAGACCUAUUGUGUUGAUUCACAAAUCCCAGACUCUGCCUGCACGGCUACUGCAUAUCUCUGCGGUGUGAAAGCCAAUCGUGGGACUAUCGGCGUCACAGCAGCCGUACCACGUCGGGACUGCCUCGCAUCACUUGACAAGGCCUCACAUUUAAAAUCCAUCGCGACUUGGGCCCUUGAAGAUGGACGAGAUGCAGGAAUAGUAACAACAACUCGUGUGACGCACGCCUCUCCGUCUGGCGCAUACGCUCAUAUUGCUAACAGAGAUUGGGAGAGUGAUGCAGAUGUUAUAGAUGACGAGUACGAUCCUCAAACCUGUCCCGACAUCGCUCAUCAACUAGUCAACUCCUAUCCUGGCAAUCAGUUUAAGGUUAUACUUGGCGGAGGCAGACGAGAAUUUCUCCCUAAUAAUUUUGUUGACGAAGAAGGUAAAGUCGGUAGGAGACGUGACGAUCGUAAUUUAAUCGAGGAAUGGCAGAUGGAUAAGAUAGCUCGCAACUCAAGCUACCAAUACGUAUGGAAUCGAGAUCAGUUAAAGAGUAUCAGUAACGAUCUGCCAGAUUAUAUUUUGGGUCUUUUUGAAAGCAGUCAUUUACAGUAUCAUAUGGAAGCAAACGAAAGAACAGAACCAUCGCUCGCUGAACUUACGGAGGUUGCCAUUCGUGCUCUCAGUAAGAACAAAAAGGGAUUCUUUUUAUUCGUCGAAGGUGGUCGUAUUGACCACGCCCAUCAUGAAAACUUCGUAGAAUUGGCACUCGAUGAAACAAUAGAGUUGAGCAAAGCUGUACAACGAGCGAACGAGUUAUUAUCAGAAGAAGAUUCCUUAAUAGUAGUUACCUCCGAUCACGCGCACGUGAUGGCGUUCAACGGGUACACUCAUCGUGGCGGAGAUAUCCUGGGCCCAUCGGACUCUAUCGGUGACGAUAACAUACCGUACAUGACACUAUCUUACACGAACGGACCCGGCCACCGACCUCAUGACUCUGUACAUAGAGUUGAUGUUACUGGAGACGAAGACUACCGUCAGUUACAAUGGAGAAGUCACGCUGAAGUGCCCUUGGACUCAGAAACACACGGCGGAGAUGACGUGGCGGUGUUCGCUCGAGGUCCUCAGAGUGAGAUGUUCUCCGGACUGUUCGAACAGAAUCAGUUGCCACACCUCAUGGCCUACGCCGGCUGUUUCGGGCCCGGCCGUCACGCCUGCUCCUUGGCCGAUGACUGA